AUGAACACUGCAGGAGAGGUCAUCAAAUGCAAAGCAGCUGUAAUCUGGGAACCCAAGAAACCAUUUAGUAUUGUGGAAAUAGAAGUGGCACCACCAAAAGCACAUGAAGUUCGCAUAAAGAUCUUGGCUUCUGGGAUCUGCCGUUCAGAUGACCAUGUAUUGAGUGGUGAGCUAAAAGUAACCUUCCCCGUUAUUCUUGGUCAUGAAGCAGUUGGUGUUGUGGAGAGUGUUGGGGAAGGAGUAACCCGUGUGAAGCCAGGAGACAAAGUCAUCCCAUUGUUUAUCCCACAAUGUGAGGAAUGCCAUCCUUGCAUUCAUCCCAGAGGUAACCUGUGUAAGUUUAAUGGCUUGGGAACAUUUGCUGGACUUAUGCCUGAUGGAACCAGCAGAUUCUCUUGCAAAGGGGAGCUAGUUCACAAUUUCAUCAGCACCAGCACCUUCACUGAAUAUACUGUAGUACAUGAGUCCUCAGUAGCCAAAAUUGAUGCUGCAGCUCCUCCUGAGAAAGUGUGUCUGAUUGGCUGUGGAUUUUCCACUGGUUAUGGUGCUGCCAUAAAUUCUGCAAAGGUGGAACCUGGCUCUACCUGUGCCAUUUUUGGACUGGGAGGAGUUGGUCUCUCAGCAGUGAUGGGUUGCAAAGCAGCUGGAGCCUCACGAAUCAUUGGAGUUAACAGAAGCAAGGAGAAGUUUCCUAAAGCGAAAGAGUUGGGAGCCACUGAAUGUGUCAGCCCUCUGGAUUUUGAGAAGCCCAUCAAUGAAGUGCUGUUUGACAUGACGGAUGGAGCUGGCGUCGACUAUUCAUUUGAAGCCAUUGGGCAUACCGACACUAUGGCUGCUGCCUUGGCUUCAUGCAACAGGAACUAUGGUGUAAGUGUGAUGGUGGGAUUUGCGCCUGCAUUAUCGGAGAUUGCUUUCUCCCCAGCACUUCUCUUCACUGGCCGCACUUGGAAAGGAUCUUUAUUUGGAGGCUGGAAAAGCAAAGAUGCUGUUCCUAAAUUGGUUUCAGAAUUCAUGCAGAAAAAGUUUACUCUGGAUCCACUCAUUACACACACUAUGCCCUUUGAGAAAAUCAAUGAAGGGUUUGAACUGCUCCGGGCAGGAAAAAGUAUUCGCAGUGUUCUGAUAUUUUGAAGACCCCAGUGGUGAAGAAAGUUCAAGACAGAGAUCUUUGUCAGCUAUGUGCUUUUGUGAACAUCUGUGGAAAGGACUGGAUCCUGCGAUGUUGCCAGCACCAAUGAUAUCAGAUCAGCUAGUCUGACACCAUGAUAAUUGCAUCCUUUGCUGU